UUUCACGCUCGUUACCCGCCGUGACUGACACGCCAAUGCAGCGGAAUCGUAAUGGUGUUCGAAUUUACGUCAAUUUGAAUGUAAACGCCGACAAUCGGAGCGUACGAAGAGUCAACCGGAAAUGCUCGUUAUCGUCUCUUCUUCUCAGUAUUUAUAUAUAUUCGCCAAGCACGUCGAGCCACCGUCACUCGGCGAUGUAAAGAUUUCGACGACGCGGUAUCGCGUGGCGUUAACUCUUCGCGCGUAGUUGCUAAGAUGCGCUGAGGACCUCGUCUCCCGCGUAUACUGCACGAUACAAAAAGCUCAAGUAGCCGCUCGGGGUAUAAAAUGUUGAGGAUCACGUUGCUCCUUGGUGCGUUCGACAUCAUUCGAUGCGAGAUGCAGACGACGAGACUGGAAAGGACCGUGGGCGAAGCACCGUCUUGCAGUAAUCCGCCCCUGUGUUACUUAUCGGAUACGUACAAGACGGAGCCGAGGGCCGUGUCUUUUCUACCAUACCUGAAUUCUCCGAAUAUGCGCAAGCAACAGGUGAUUCAGCGCAGCUACUACGGUGGAUUCGGCUCGUCGUGGCCGGCUUAUUACCACGCUUUUGACCCCAUCAGCGUGUUGGCGUCACUGGCGUUCUUGGCAUUUCUACUGCAGUCGUUCGCCACGCUCUUCGAACGCUCGAGAUCGAUCCUGCCGACGAUAGUCAGCGGCCGACAAUCGGACUUGGGAGUCUCGGAGGCCUCGAAGCAUGUGUCGCACGCCCUGCGGGAAUACGUGAGUACUGUAAAGGCUGAACGUGUGAGCCGAGCAACGAGCAAUAAGAAUAUAAUGUACCUGGUGCUUUCAGGAAAAUCUCAAUGAAGAUCUGGAGGAAAAGUAGUCGCUUCCAGUGUUUACACGCGUAGAAAAAAAUAUUGUCUCUCCAAUCUCUCUAAGAAUUUCCGUAAAAUAAUUUAUUCUUCUUUCAAGGAUACAUACAAUUAGUCGACGUACAGCAGAAACUUGUCAGUGUGGGUAAAAUUUCAUUGAACCUUUCGUAUUAAUUGUCAUAAUAUUAUUGUAUUGUAUUAAUUGUUACUUAUGUGAUGUAAACCUCUAAACCCAAGUUUGGUAACGCGGAGCAUUUUUUUCUUAUGCACUCUCUCUCUCUCUCUCUCUCUCUCUCUCUCUCUCUCUUUGGCAACGGAGAUUACAUGAAAUUUUGCUUUUUUUUAUCACAUGAAAUCAUAUAAUGUAAUUUCCGAAGACAGUAAUAAACGAAAGAUUGAGCGGCUCGUCCAAGUUUUGCCUAUAACGUCUUAUCAAUCUUAAAUAAGUCUUUCAGAGACACCUUACGUAAAUACACAAUAUAGUAGGUAGUUAUAAAA